AUGCAGGCGCCCUUCAUGGCCUCGGCAGAGGUGGUGGCCGUCGUCCGCCGGGCUCCUGUUUGCCGGUGCAGAGAGCCGGAGAGGCGGCAGGAGCCAAGAAGCCGAGGUCAUCGGAUCGAUGAACAGGGCAACGGAAUGGUCUUGAGACAGCUGGAGGGCUCCUCGCACGACUGGCUGUGGGGCUGGUCUCCAGAGAAACCACCCCACCAGGCGGAGUUUUUGCCCGAGUUCUUCCGGGGCUUGGUCUUCGCGACGCUUAGUGAUGCCAAUGGUCUCGUCGAAGGUUUAGAUGCUGCUACCUUGGACUACUACGUCGAAAGCCAUCCCAUCUUGGAAGGCUGCCCGGCCCCGGCUGCCCGGGUCGAGCAGAGCGCCCAGGAAGAAGGCGCUGGAGCUGCAACCGGGGCCGUGGAGGGAGCAUCAGAGCCUGAGAAGCCGGCCCCAGAGAAGGCAGAGGUUGAAAGCAAAGCUGACGAGGCUAGCUCAAUUCCGAAAGAUCUCGCAAGUGCUUCUCCAGUGGCCAAGGCUGACACUCCGGAGGCAGGACCAUUGCAUGCAGAUGUCAAGGUGACCACGGUGGCCACAGUGCCGCCAGACGCCGCCGGGGAGGAGGCUGCAGAUGCCCCGUCACCGGCUCCACUCAUGCUGGCGAAUGGGCCUGCAGGUUCGCGAUGA